AAACAGGGACAAAUAUGGAACUUUGUCUGCUGGGCAUACUGACGGGAUUAUUUGUCCUCUGGAAAGGGCUUGCUGCCAGCCCUGAGAGAAUCGUUUGCACGUCUGGGGAGCAGGUUUCACUUCCCUGUGAAUGGGUGAGCUCCCAUACACGAUGGUUUUGGCUCCCUCUGAGUUCCAGAUGUGCCAAUGUCAACAGGAGUAACGUGGAAAUAACCUGGAACCCUACCAAAGAUGAGGUGCUUCCUCUUCGGUUCAACCAGCGACUGAUAAACCAGACGUCAGGAUCAUUAGUCCUCAGGAAUCUGGUCAUGAGCGAUGCAGGCACCUACGUCUGCCGUUUACCCAACGGCUCAGAAACUCGUACCAUCCUGGAGGUGACUACAGGCUGCCACAACAACCUCUUUGUCUCCUUCCGGUGGCUCAGUGCGUCCUCUUUGCGGCUCAGCUGCCGUCACUGCGAUUUGCCAGGACGCGUCAAGGCAAACUCUUUCCGCUGGAUGCUGAACUCACAGCGACUGGGCAACCCACACUGGGCUGAGAAGAGCAAUUCUGGGUCCUUCGUAACGUUGCUUUCCACCCCACGAGGGGUUUGGGGACGCUGGGAGUGCCACUUUCUUGCCAAUCGCACUUGGAUCUCUGAAAUUUGCUUACAGGCGCCGAUAGAAGAGAAUGGUGCAGACACCCUCCAAGCCAUUUACGAAGAUUCUUCUGCUGAGCUAACUCCCUCUUUGACACCAUCCCUCUGGCCAAGGCCUGCCAUCGCCAAGACGACAGAAGCUGCAGGUGCAGAGCCUGGUGACAUGAAGGGGAUUUGGCCACUGCUGUUGGUUGGGCUGGUUCUGGUCCCGGCUACUCUAGGAAUGACUGUGUGGCUGUGGAAGAAGAACCUGACGGCCGGGAAACAGAGAGAAAGAAAGGAGAGGACAGUCGUCAUGACAUCACGAAUGAAUGAGGACAUUUACGGAAGCGAGAGUCUGGGUGAGAGAUCUGCUUCCCUUCAUUAUGCCCAGCUCCAACAUCCCCGAAGGAAAUCCACCUCUGUUCGGACUCCAGACAGCACCACAGUAUAUGCAGUAAUUGUCUGAGGCUGCUUAUGUCACUGCCAACCAAUGAGGGACGGGGGAGAAAUUUGAUGUUGUUUGCAUUUGAAUGCGAAACUACCUAAUCAGCACUUCUCACAGCAGUGCACAAACUGAAACACAGCCCUCCGUCAGAAUUCACUCUUACCUGAAUUUUGCGAUGCAAUUAUCUAACCAAUGUAUAUAUAUCAAAGAUGUAUGCGUAAGGGGAACGUGUACAUAAAAAUGAAUAUAAGAACAUAGGAAGAGCCUGCUGGAUCAGGCCUGUGGCCUAACUAGUCCAGCAUCCUGUUCUCACAGUGGCAAACCAAAUGCCCACGGGAAGCUGUGCUGUUCCUGUAUGUCUCUGGGAUACCACCUCCUGAUCAGGAAAUCCCCUGGGAAGUCUGCCUCAGCCUGGGUCAGAUAUGCCCCCUGAACCCCAAGUUUCAGCCCCACCACCUUUUCUCCCAAAAGGUGGCCACUGGUGUAGACUGUACAUAUAAUUGGUAUAGGUGUAGAAUAGGACCUUAAUGUGGUAGCACAUGUGACCAAGCUGACACACAGGAUUUUAAAAUAAACUAUAUUAUUUACAAGAUGUUAAAUAUUGAUAAUUAUUAAGAUAUUGUUGUCCCUACUCUACCUAUUUAUCCUACCCCUCUAACCACAAGAAAACCUUCCUCAACAUGCCAGCCUCUCUUAUCUAGAUGUUCACUUCACAAUCCCUAAUCCUAUCUCCUGUCGUUGCCAGCGACUGGUAUUCAGAACCAUACUGCCCCUGACUAUGGUGGCAGAGCACAGCCACUGAUAGCCUUAUCCCCCACGAACGUUUCUAAUCAUCCAAGUUGGUGACCAUCACUGCCUCUUAUGGGAGCAAAUUCCAUAUUUUAAUUAUAUGCUGUGUGGAGAAGUAGUUUAUCUUGUCUGUCCUGAAUCUUCCAAUAUUCAACUUCAUUGUAUGUCCAUGAGUUCUAGUAUUAUGAGACAGGGAGAAAAGCUUUUCUCUAGCCACUUUUCCAAGCCAUGCAUAAUUUUAUACACUUCUAUCAUGUCUCCUCUACCCGCCUUUUCUCUAAACUAAAAAGCCCCAAGUGCUGCAACCUGUCCUCAUAGGGGAAUUGCUCCAUCCCCUUGAUCAUUUUGGCUGCCCUUUUCUGAACCUUUUCCAGCUCUACCUUUUUUUUUAGGUUAGGUGAUCAGAACUGUACACACCAUAAUGUGGCCGCACCAUAGAUUUGUAUAAUGGCAUUAUGAUAUCAGCAGAUUUAUUUUCAAUACCUUUCCUAAUGAUCCCUAGCAUGGAAUUUGCCUUUUUCACAGCUGCAGCACACUGGGUCGACAUCUUCAUCGAGCAAUCCACUACGACCCCAAAGGCUCAUUCCUGGUCAGUCACCCCCAGUUAAGACCCCAUGAAUGUAUAUGUUUAGCAGCAGCAGUAGUAUACCAUUUAUGGAUCAUUUCCUAUGAGGCAUCUCAAAGUGAUUUAGUGAACAUAACACACAAAACUGCAUUAUAUUAAAGAAAAUACUGUUGCGUGCCACCCAAAUCUCCGAGUGGUGAGAGAUCUCCAGGGGUCCCUGCGCUUACCCAGGGGUUUGGUUUCCUUGGAAAGGUCAGCGGAGUCUAUGAUGUCUUUAUGAAAUAUAGUUUGUUUAUUUACACACAUUCCAACCUGAGCGUCAGAUGGAAGGGUCCAAUAGGUCUUUCUGAUCCAUCAGGCUUACAGGAGGCACCCUAAAGCCAUGGUGCAGAGAGCCAGCCUCUCUGCCUGCCUCCAGUUCCCAGCCUUUCCUCCCUCUCAACUAAAAACACAAGCCUCUCUGUGAUCCCAGGAAGGGGGGGAGCUCUCCUGAAGUGUCUCAAUAACAAUAGAAUCUCCCUGGCCCAUUUGCCAGUUAAUGGGCACUUGAUAUUAGCUCAUCUGGCCACUCUAUUAGAUUAACCAAAGAGACUCAGCUGACCAGCAAAACAGGAUUCUCAUCUCCAUGUACAGGGUUCCAAAUCAGAGGCUGGAAGGGGACUCGUAGAAAUCAUCCAUCUGUACCCCAAACCCAUAACAAUACCUUGCAAAGAUGUGUACAUUAGUCAAAAUGGCAUACAAAAAUGUGUUUAUUAGGAGAAAUUCAUACUGAAAUGCUGAUACGUUUUCAUGAAGAUUUUUGGGUGUGGAUUGCAAAUUGCAGAAACAUUGAGAACUGAAUUCAAGUCUAAAACGUUGGAGGCUGGUGGCUUUGACGUCAGUGGGGCAGCAAAUCAGCUCCAGAUUAUAGUCCCAACUUUCAAGGAGCUGUCCAAGCUGUUCAUCAGACCUGCCAGCAGCUGCAGUUUAUCUUUAAAGGAACAUGUUAACCACAAUGAUUGCAAUUAACAUCAGGUCUAGUUUGGCCCUUUCACCACAACUGAGCCUAAGCACCUAUUGCUGAAGUUAUAAGUACCAAUCCAUUAUGACCCUGCUCUCUCCUUCCCUCCUCUUGCAUUCAUCUGUUUUUUCCCCCAAUGUCUAAUUUUAAAUUGUAAUUGUCUUGGGCCAUGGGCAUCUCUUACUCUCUGGCUUCUAUUGCCCUGCAAAGUGCCUUGUACACUAGCGGUGCUAUAGAUGUAAUAAUAAAUAAUUCAGCAGAGGGGUCCGAAUGCCAGCAGCUGGGGGCCGCUCUUCCCAUUAAUUAUUUGCAUACAUUUCAUUUUGAUAAUUUAAAAAGCAUGCACUAGAAAGGCCAUUAACCGUGUAAUCCUAUGCUUGUCUUAUUCUAGGUAAGAUUGUGUAGGCUUGCAGCCUUAGAGCUGCAAUCUGAAAUGUAUUUAAUAGCUUGCUGAACACAAUGGGGCUUACUUCUGAACAAGCAUGCAAAGGAUUGCACUGCAAGGGUUGAAUCCAGCUAAGCCGUUGUGCAAGCAGAACAACUUCCACAAGCACACCUGAACUUUCCUUCUCCUUCCCCCCCCCCACUAUGCAUCCCUCACGCAGCCCCCAAAUCUACUAAGGAGGGUUGGAGGAAUCUCCAAAGCAGGUUUAGGGGGGAGAGGGAGGGAAUUUCCAUUGUGCUCAAGGAAGCUGUUCCACUCACACAAUUGAUUGAGUUGGAUAUAACCCUGAGUCGUGUAUCAUGCACACAAUUUUUGUUUAGAUAAACUGAAGUCUGAUAACUAUCGCAGGAGACAGAAAAUGGUAUUACAGUACAUGUUGUUCCUAUAUUUUGUGUUCCAAAAGCAGGACAUUCAAAUUCCUCUGCUACUUGUCUGCCUUCCCCCACCCCAGUAAAGUUUGUUGCUGUACCUGUGGCAUAAUUGUCCUUUGCUAUAUGUCAUCCACACGAUAACACUUUUUUCAAUGAUGACAUAUCAGGUUUC